AUGAUGAAACGAAACGUAUAUUCCACGUGUAAAAUUAUCAAGCAAGAGAAACUUUUUAUUACGAUUACGAUCGAACCUUGGAUCGAGUCCUUGCCAUGUUUUAUUGACUACCAACCGUUCAAUAAUGAUCGAGUCCUUGUCAGAUUCAAGAUCGAUAUCGUUCACCGUUACGUGCACGACAAAGCAAUAAAAAUUCCAACUACAUAUCCUGUAAGAGUAUGUAAAUUGAUCCUACUUCGACUCUUAUAUCAUUGUUUUAUAAUCGUCGUAUCAGUGGUUUUGAAGUGUUUGAUCAAGAAUACGAAAAAGGUUAUGUACAUUCACGCUAUAUCGAAUGCAUGGUCACGUGAUCAAUAUGGAUGCAUUCAAAUCGAAAUACCGCCGAUCGCACGCCAAAAUAUCAAAUGGUUGAGCGGAAAGUCCACCGUGGGUCACUAGCGACACGGCAGGAGAUACGUCCCUGACAGCGCCUUCCCUCUCAACACUGACGCCAACAUUGGUCGACGGUAUUGCCAGAUUGCAAAUCUAGCCCAGUCGCGGUUUAUCAGCCGAGCUGUAACGAAAAAGAGAGCGGAGGUGCAUGCUUCCAAGUAACUGCAGUGCCUCCUCCGUUCACCUUAAAUUUAAUCGUGGUAUCCGUCCUUUAUCCUUUGCAACGUAUUCAUUUCAAACAAAAAAAA